CUCUCUCUCAUUCGCCACUGGCCUCUGCUCUAAGCUGACCCCUGCGGCACUCUGUCUGUCCGCUGACCGGGCAGGGCUAACGAAAGCAGACGACCGCCCCGGGAGAAGAGACCAGUCCGCUUUGCCCCCAUCUCCAGAAGCUCACGGUCCUGCUGACCUUCUGGCUGUGACUGCUAGGACAUCCUCUGAGCCAGCUGUCAUCUGAAACCCACUGCACCCCUAAACCUAACCCCUCCACUACCCCCCCCAAACACAGUGCAGCCCAUGACAGCAGAGCGGUCGCCAUGGCGUUCUCAUCACGGUUUUCCUUCUGGGAACAAAAGGUCAAAGACGAGGUCAAGGUCGGAGCCAAGGGUUUGAAAGACAGCUCUGACAGUGAGGGAACCCUGAGUAACCGUACCCAAACGAACGCACUGCGGGCCAAAAGCCCGGAGCCUGGGCGGGGCCCGGGGAGGGUCAAGAGCCCCUCCCCACCCAGAGUGCGAGCAUCUAUCAAGAGCCCAGAGCCCCUUGGGGCCCUGCAGAGCUCCGAGCCUGUGCUGAAUGGGGACAGCAAAACCAACAGCGCCCCCAACGGACCCACCAAGCAUGAUGUGGCUGAUGGCCAGGGCCUCACCUGCAAGAAGGUGGUGAAGGUCGUGCGGAGGGUGGUGAAGAAGGUGGCACCUGGAGAAGAGGGGCCUGUGGCCACGCCCACUGCCCCACCCAGCAAAGCUGCCCCAGAGCCGGCCGAAACGGUGUUCGUACCCAAGACAGCCAAGGUCCCAGUCUUCUCCUUCAAGCAUGAUGCCAUCAAGAGGGAGGAGAAGGAUGACGUCUCAGCCGGCCUCGCUGGCCUGAUGGGGCGUGGCAGGACGUGGGAGCACAGACCACGCCUCCAGAAGGAGGAGGAGAAGCAGAGACCCAUGUCUCCUCCUCCUGCUCCUGCUGUUUCGCCUCCCGCCAAACCAAACCCCCUCUCUCCACCUGCUGGAUUCAUCUCCACCUCCAAACCUACCCCUGUGUCUGUGCCUGCUGGGUCUGCAACCACGCCCAAAGCCUCUGCUCUAUCGCCGCCUGCUGGAUUUAUUCCUGCCCCAAAAACUUCCCCUGUAUCUGUACCUGCUGGAUCUGCAACCACCCCCAAACCUUCCCCUCUAUCUCCACCUCCUGGGCUUAUCCCUGCCCCAAAAACUACCCCUGUAUCUCCUCCUGCUAUAUCUGCAACCACCCCCAAACCCUCUACUCUGUCUCCGCCUGCGGGAUUUAUCCCUGCCUCAAAACCUACGACCGUAUCUGCGCCUACUGGAUCUUCACCUGCCCCUAAACCUUCCCCUCUUUCUCCACCUCCUGGAUUUAUCCCUGCCCCCAAACCUGCCCCUGUAUCUCCUCCUGCUGUGUCCGCAACCACCCCCAAACCCUCUACUCUGUCUCCACCUGCUGGAUCUGCAACCACCCCCAAACCCCCCUCUCUAUACCCUCCUGCUGGAUUUGUCCCCAGCUCAAAACGAAAUCUCCUCUCUCCUCCACCCGGAUUCAUCCCAGCCCCCAAACCCUCCGCUGCCACAAAGCCAGAGCUGGAGCCCAAGGUGGGUGGGCCAGUCCCUUCUCAGGGACAGGUGGAUGAGGACCCCGUGGCUGUUCUGCAGGCGGCCCAUGCGUCUGCUGCCCAACCCAAGGUGAAGACAGAGGAGCAGAUAGCGGCGGAGCAGGCAUGGUACGGCUCGGAGAAAGUGUGGCUGGUCCACAAGGAUGGCUUUUCCCUGGCGACGCUGAUGAAGACAGAGGCAGGCGAUCUACCCGAGGGGAAAGUGAAAAUAAAACUGGAACACGAUGGGACCGUGCUGGAGGUGGACGAGGAUGACGUGGAAAAGGCGAACCCCCCUUCAUUUGACCGCGUGGAGGACCUGGCCUCUCUCCUCUACCUCAAUGAGUCCAGUGUAAUGCACACCCUACGCCAGCGCUACGGAGGCAACCUCAUCCACACCCACGCUGGGCCCAACAUGGUGGUCAUCAACCCCCUCAGCACCCCCUCCAUGUAUUCCGAAAAGGUGAUGCACAUGUUCAAAGGCAGCCGCAGGGAGGACACCGCGCCGCACAUAUACGCGGUGGCGCAGUCGGCCUACCGCAGCCUGCUGACGACGCGCCAGGACCAGGCCAUCGUGCUGCUGGGCAAGAGCGGCAGCGGCAAGAGCACCAACUGCCAGCACCUGGUGCAGUACCUGGUGUCCAUCGCUGGCACUGUGGGGAAGAUCUUCACUGUGGAGAAGUGGCAGGCGGUCUACACCAUCCUGGAGGCCUUCGGGAACAGCCCCACCCCCAUGAACGGCAACGCCAGCCGCUUUUCCCAGAUUGUUUCUCUGGACUUCGAUCAGGCGGGCCAGGUGGCCUCUGCCUCCAUUCAGACGCUGUUGUUGGAGAAGUUGAGGGUGACCAGGUGUCCAGAGGCUGAGUCCACCUUUAACGUCUUCUACUACAUGAUGGCGGGGGCGGACAGCACUCUCAGAACGGAGCUGCAUUUUAACCACUUUGCUGAGAACACUGCCUUUGGGAUUCAGCCUCCAUCCAAGCCUGAGGAGAAGCAGAAGGCCUCCCAGCAGUUCACCAAGCUGCAGGCUGCCCUCAGAGUCUUGGGAGUGUCAGCGGAGGAGCAGAAGGCCCUCUGGCUCAUCCUGGGGGCCAUCUACCACUUAGGGGCAGCGGGGGCCACCAAAGCUGGCCGGAAGCAGUUUGCUCGCCAUGAGUGGGCCCAGAAGGCAGCUUACCUUCUGGGGUGCACUCUGGAGGAGCUCUCCUCCUCCAUCUUCAAACACCAGCCCAAGGGGGGCCUCCAGAGGUCCACCUCCUUCCGGCAGGGUCCAGAUGACGCAGGCACUGGGGACAGCUCAGGACCCAAGGUCACGGCACUGGAGUGCCUGGAGGCCAUGGCGGCAGGGCUGUACUCCGAGCUUUUCACCCUUGUCAUCUCCCUGGUCAACCGGGCUCUGAAGUCCAGUCAGCACUCUCUGUGCUCAGUGCUGAUAGUGGAUACUCCAGGCUUCCAGAACCCACGCCUGGCCAAGUGUGAGCGUGGCGCCACCUUUGAGGAGCUCUGUCACAACUACACUCAGGAACGCCUGCAGGCACUCUGCCAUGAGCGCACCUUCGUACAGGAGCUGGAACGCUACAAGGAGGAGAACAUAGAGCUUGCCUUAGACGACACAGAGUCCAGCACGUCUCCCUCUAUAGCCUCCAUAGACCAGGCCUCAACCCAAGCACUGGUGCGGACUCUCUCUCGUACAGAUGAGGCUCGGGGGCUGCUGUGGCUGAUGGAGGAGGAGGCCCUGCAGCCGGGAGGCUCAGAGGAGACGCUGCUGGAGCGGCUCUUCAGCUACUAUGGCCCGGCCGAGGGUGACAGCAAGGGCCAAACCCUGCUUCUGAAAAGUGAGAAGCCGCAUCACUUCCUGUUGGGGCACAGCCACGGGACAGACUGGGUGGAGUACGACGCGCAGGGUUGGCUGAGCCACGCCAAGCAGAACCCCGCCUCUCUGAAUGCAGCCACUCUGCUGCAGGAUUCCCAGAAGAAGAACAUCAGCAGCUUGUUCACGGGGCGUACGGGCGGGGCCGCGGUGCUGUCGGGCUCCAUCGCAGGGCUGGAGGGUGGGUCCCAGCUCACGCUGCGUCGGGCCACCAGCAUGAGGAAGACCUUCACUACCGGCAUGGCGGCCGUUAAGAAGAGGUCUGUGUGCAUCCAGAUCAAGCUGCAGGUGGAUGCUCUGAUUGACACAGUGCGGAGGUCGAAGGCCCACUUUGUGCACUGCCUGCUGCCCAAGGCAGACGCCCUGAGCGGGGAUGUGAAGCCGCCGGGAGGCCCCUCACCCCGGCCCGGGGAGGGGGACCCCCAUGGGGGCGACUGUGACCCAGGCCUGAUGCAGCUCGACGUACCCCUGCUGCGGGCCCAGCUCCGUGGGUCCAAACUGCUGGAUGCCCUCCGCAUCUACAGGCAGGGAUACCCGGAUCACAUGGUCUUCUCUGAGUUCCGCCGGCGUUUUGAUGUUCUGGCCCCUCACCUGACCAAGAAACAUGGGCGGAACUACAUCGUGACAGAUGAGAAGAGGGCUGUAGAGGAACUUCUGGAAACCCUGGACCUGGAAAAGAGCAACUACCACAUGGGCCUUAGCCGAGUGUUCUUCAGGGCAGGUACGUUGGCCAAGCUGGAGGAACAGAGAGACGAACAGACCAGAUGCAACAUCACCCUCUUCCAGGCCACCUGCAGGGGGUACCUGGCCCGGCAGGCCUUCAAGAAGAGAAAGAUCCAGGACCUGGCCAUCCGCUGCAUUCAGAAGAACAUUAAGAAGAACCGCGGUGUGAAGGACUGGCCCUGGUGGAAGCUCUUCACCACCGUGCGGCCACUCAUCGAGGUCCAGCUCACUGAGGAGCAGAUCCGCGGCAAAGACGAGGAGAUCCAACAGCUGAAGGCUCGUCUGGAAAAGGUGGAGAAGGAGAGGAACGAGCUGAGACUGAACAGCGAUCGGCUGGAGAGCAGGAUCACGGAGCUGUCGUCGGAACUCACAGAUGAGCGGAACACGGGUGAGUCCGCCUCGCAGCUGCUGGAGUCAGAGACCUCGGAGAGACUUCGUCUGGAGAAGGAAAUGAAGGACCUGCAGGUGAAGUAUGACGCGGUGAAGAAGCAGAUGGAGUCAAUGGAGAUGGAGGUGAUGGAAGCACGUCUUAUUCGAGCGUCAGACCUGAAUGGCGAGAUGGACGACGAUGACUCAGGGGGUGAGUGGAGGCUGAAGUACGAGCGUGCCGUCCGGGAGGUCGAAUUCACCAAAAAGAGGCUCCAGCAGGAGUUUGAUGACAAGCUGGAGGUGGAGCAGCAGAGCAAGAGGCAGCUGGAGAGACGGAUAGCGGACUUGCAGGCUGAUAAUGAGGAGGUGCAGCGCUUGGUGCAGCAGAUGAAGAAGAAGUGCCAGAGACUGACUGCCGAGCUGCAGGACACCAAACUGCACCUGGAGGGACAGCAGACGCGCAACCAUGAGCUGGAGAAGAAGCAGAGGAAGUUUGACUCUGAACAGAGCCAGGCCCAGGAGGAGGUGCAGAGAGAGAGGAGCCAGAGGGAGAAGCUGGGCCGAGAGAAAGACAUGCUGACCGGGGAGGUGCUAGGCCUGAGACAACAGCUGGAGGACAAAGACCUGGAGAUUGUCGCACUGAACCUGAAGGUGGAGCAGCUGGAGGCAGAGCUCCAGGACCUGUCUUCUCAGGAGUCCAAGGACGACGCAUCGUUGGCCAAGCUCAAGAAACAGCUGCGCGACCUGGAAGCAAAGGUCAAAGAUCAGGAGGAGGAGCUGGACGAGCAGGCGGGAACCAUACAGAUGCUGGAGCAGGCCAAGUUGCGUCUGGAGAUGGAGACGGAGCGUCUGCGGCAGACACACGCCAAAGAGAUCGAGAGCAAGGAGGAUGAGGUGGAGGAGAUCAGGCAGUCCUGCAGCAAGAAGCUGAAGCAGAUGGAGGUGCAGCUGGAGGAGGAGUAUGAUGACAAACAGAAAGUUCUUCGAGAGAGGAGAGACCUGGAGUCCAAGCUGCUGGCUGCUCAGGAACAGGUUAGCCACCGGGAUGUGGAGACGGAGAAGCGCUUGAGGAAGGACCUGAAGCGCACCAAGGCCCUGCUGGCCGACGCCCAGAUCAUGCUGGACCACUUGAAGAACAAUGCCCCCAGCAAGAGGGAGAUCGCCCAGCUCAAGAACCAGCUGGAAGAGUCGGAGUUCACCUGUGCGGCUGCGGUCAAGGCCCGCAAGUCCAUGGAGGUGGAGAUGGAGGACCUGCACGUGCAGAUGGAAGACAUCUCCAAGGCCAAACAGGCCCUGGAAGAACAGUUGAGUCGAGUGCAGCGUGAGAAGAAUGAUCUGCAGUCCCGUAUGGAGGAAGACCAAGAAGACAUGAACGAACUGAUGAAGAAGCACAAGGCGGCCGUUUCCCAGUCUUCCCAGAACCUGGCGCAGAUAAGUGAGCUCCAGAGCCAACUGGAAGAAGCUCUCAAGGAAAAACAGGAAAUCCAGGAGAAGCUCCAGUCCUUGCAGAGUCAGCUGGAGUUCCAGGAGCAGUCCAUGGUGGAGAAGUCCCUGCUCAGCCGGCAGGAGGCCAAGAUCCGUGAGGUGGAGACCAAGCUGGAGUUUGAGAAAACACAGGUCAAACGUCUGGAGAACCUGGUGGCCCGGUUGAAGGAGAACCUGGAAAAGCUAACAGAGGAGAGGGACCAGAGGGGCGCUGCAGAGAAUCGGGAGAAAGAGCAAAACAAACGCCUCCAGCGGCAGAUUCGGGACAUCAAGGAGGAGAUGGGAGAGCUCGCCAAGAAGGAGGCAGAAGCCAGCCGCAAGAAACACGAGCUGGAAAUGGAUAUUGAGAGCUUAGAAGCAGCCAAUCAGAGCCUCCAGGCGGAUCUCAAACUGGCCUUCAAGAGGAUUGGAGACCUCCAGGCUGCUAUUGAGGAUGAGAUGGAGAGUGAUGACAACGAGGAUCUCAUCAACAGUCUACAAGACAUGGUGGCCAAGUAUCAGAAAAGAAGAAACAAAACCGAGGGGGCCUCGGAGACAGACUCAGAGGUGGACGACCGCGUAGACGGGGUGAAGUCGUGGCUGUCCAAAAGCAAGGGCUCCGCAAAGAACCUCUCUGACGACGGAAGCCUUAAGAGCUCAAGAUACUCCACAAACUUGGACGCCAAAGAGGGCAAAGAGUGGAAAGAGGGUAAGGAAUGGAAGGAAAGUGCUAAAGAGGGGAAGGAGGUACAAUCGAGCAGGCCUGUGUCUGUAAUGAGCUCACUCAGCUACAGGAAGCGUGGCACUCUCAAAGACUCCGUAGGGGGCGUCGGAGAUGAGGGCUCCCUCCUCAGUUCCCUGAAGGAGCAUCGGGACUCCCAGGAUCUCUCCUCCCUCCGCAAGAAGGCCAAGCCCGGCGAGGACCUGGAUGACCGGGGCUCGGUGAUCUCACAGGCGUACUCUGAGGCGGCCAGCUGGGCGAGGCAGGGGCGGGGCAGCUGCUGGGCGGACCUUGACAAGGAUCUGUCCCUCCCCUCACUGGCACCGAGCCGCGCCUCCACGCGCCGGGGCCUGGAUGGUGAGGAUGAUGGCGCGUCCACCCUGAGCUUCGGCCGCUCCAGCGCACUCAGCUUGCGGCGCAGCGUGUCGCAGCUGGAGGACGGGCAGCGGGGCGAUGCCUUUGGGACAGCCACCAGCCCUGCCCUGAGCCGGCGGUCACUGAGCCGCAGCCCCGGCAGCUUGAGCCGCGCCGACUCCCGCCUCUCGCUGUCCCGCAGCUGCCGGCUGAGCGAGCUGGAUGACUCCCUGAGUGUGGCAUUCAGUGAGGGCCGCUCCGCUGCCUACAGCCCGCACUCGACGGGGCGGAGCCUCUCCGUUCCUGCCCGGGCCCGUGCCUCCUGCUCCCCCUCCAUCGCCGGGGAUGACCCUGCUGAUAUCUCCGACGUCAAGCCCGUCAGCCAUCGCAACUACCUGGACCCGGACCUGGAGGCAGCCAUCAAUGAGGUGCUGAGCUUCAAGCCCAUCAAAUUCAAGCGCACCAGCCUGGAGGACUCGGAGCAGGAGGGGGAGGGAGGGGGCGGGGCCGGCAACGAGGAGGACGGCCGAAGGAGUGUGAGGGGCGGAGGCUCCUCCUCCUCACUGCGGCGCUCUGCCUCUAUCGCCGACUUCUCCCGGCCAAUCAGCAGCUGUUCCACCCGCAGUGACCGCAGCCGGAAGGGCAAGAAGAAGAAGAAGAGGAGGAGCCACAGCUCCGAUGACAACUCCUCCCCCGACAGCCGCCGCAAGAAGGGCUCCAAGAAGAAGGCAAAGAAGUCCAAGAAGUCCUCCAAGAAGAAAGAGGCGAAGUCCUCCUCCGACUCUGAGUCCUCUUCCGAGUCGGAGUCAGCAUCGGAGUCCAGCUCAGGGGCGUCCACCAUCUCCUACCGCAGUGGCGGCAGUGUGAAGCGGAGGCCAGGCCAGCAGGCGUCGGGCUCCGAGGGAGAGGAGCCAGUGGCUCCACCUGAGGACCGCCCCCCCAGCAAGAAGGAGGUGAAGAAGCACAAGAAAAAGGUGGACAGCGUAAUGAUGAAGUACCUGUACAGGCCCGACAGCGACUGAGCAGCACACCCAUCCCUCGGUCGAAGACGCUACGCUCUCGACAGAUCUGACGAAGAAGAGGAAGAAGAGGAAAAAGAAGAAGGCGG